UAUGUCAGCAAAACAACAACCGAGGGGGAGUGAACUUGUGGACAGCAGUCAUAUUUUGGAGAAACAUUACAUUAUUUCCAUAUAAUUACAUGCGAUAUCCGGUCCGCCGAAAGUUGCGCAGCAUCCUCCCGGUAGUCCAGUAGAUGUCCACCCCUACGGACCCGUCAGGUGGUAUGUCCCAUCCUGGCCCUUCCCCCGGGGCAGGUCUGUCUCCAGGGCCAAUCUUGGGCCCCAGCCCUGGCCCGGACCCUUCACCCGGCUCCGUUCAUAGCAUGAUGGGCCCCAGUCCUGGGCCUGGCACCCCCAACGCACCUCAUGGCAUGCAGGGCCAGGGACAAGGCGAUUACUCUCAGGACAGCAUGUAUCCUCUGCACAAGCCCAUGGAGGGGAUGAAUGACAAGACGAUGGCUGAUGCGAUGCACUACGGUCACAUGAAGGGUGUGGGGAUGAGAUCCCUCCACGGAGGCAUGGGGCCUCCACAGAGUCCUAUGGACCAGCACAGCCAAGGAUACCUGUCCCCUCAUCCAUCCCCGAUGGGCGGCCAUGAGCAUGCUUCCAGCCCCAUGUCUGCAGGAGCUGGUGGGGGAGGACCCACGCCACCCCAUGUGCCUCCUUCCCAGUCAGGCCCCAUGAUACCCAUGGAUCCACAGGGCGCUAUGUCUAGCAUGGGACAGCAGGGUCGGGGGCCGUCCUCCUUCAGCCCUGUUCAGCUUCAGCAGCUCCGAGCCCAGAUCCUGGCCUAUAAGAUCCUGGGCCGUGGGCAGCCUCUUCCAGAAAACUUGCAGCUGGCGGUGCAGGGCAAGAGGAGCCUCCCCACCAUGCAGCAGCAGCAACAACAUCAACAACAGCAGCAGCAGCAACAACAACAACAACAACAACAACAGCAACAGCAGCAACAACAGCAACAACAACAGCAGCAGCAACAGCAGCAGCAGCAGCAGCAGCAGCAGCAGCAGCAGCAGGCAGCUGGUGCCAGUCCUUACAACAGACCUCCAGGCAUGCCAAUGGCUCCUAUGGGUGGUCCUCAGUCGAGCCCCUGUCCUACUCCAGCCAUGCAAGGACACAGCCAGAGCACCGGACCCAAGUCUUGGCCAGAUGGCUCUGCUCUCCCAGGACAAGGUGGUGAAAGCCCCGUUAACCCUCAGAAGCACCUCGCCCCGGCUGCCAGCGGGCGUCCGUCCCCCGCGCCGCCUCAAGCCCCUGCGAUGCCACCGGGGCCCAUGCCAGGCAGCUCGGUGACCCCACAGCCUCUCGGGCAGCAGGUGUCCCCCAUGCUGCAGACACAGCCGAAGCAGAACCGGGUCACUCCGGUCCAGAAGCCCCAGGGUUUGGAUCCAGUUGGCAUCCUGCAGGAGAGAGAGUACAGACUGCAGGCUCGGAUCGCCCAUCGAAUCCAGGAACUGGAGAGUCUGCCAGGUUCUCUGCCUCCUGACCUGAGGACCAAAGCCACCGUGGAGCUCAAAGCCCUGCGUCUGCUUAACUUCCAGCGACAGCUGAGGCAGGAUGUGGUGGCGUGCAUGAGGCGGGACACCACGCUGGAGACGGCGCUCAACUCCAAGGCCUACAAGCGCAGCAAGCGGCAGACGCUGCGGGAGGCACGCAUGACCGAGAAGCUGGAGAAGCAGCAGAAGAUUGAACAAGAGAGGAAACGCAGACAGAAGCACCAGGAAUACCUGAACAGUAUCCUUCAGCAUGCGAAGGACUUCAAGGAGUACCACAGGUCCGUUUCAGGCAAAAUCCAGAAGCUCACUAAAGCCAUCGCCACCUGGCACACCAACACGGAGCGGGAGCAGAAGAAGGAGACCGAAAGAAUUGAGAAAGAGAGGAUGAGGAGACUCAUGGCUGAAGAUGAGGAGGGCUACCGCAAGCUGAUCGACCAGAAGAAAGACAAGCGCCUGGCCUACUUGCUGCAGCAGACGGAUGAGUAUGUGGCCAAUCUCACCAACCUGGUGUAUGAACAUAAAGCUGCUCAGGCUGCCAAAGAGAAGAAGAGGAGGAAGAAGAAAAAGAAGAAGAUGGAUGGGGACGGCGAAGGCACCAGCGCCAUUGGACCUGAUGGAGAGCCCAUGGAUGAGAGCAGCCAAAUGAGUGAACUACCAGUCAAAGUCAUUCAGACGGAGACUGGGAAAGUCCUGCAGGGAACAGACGCUCCCAAAUCCAGCCAGCUGGAAGCCUGGCUAGAGAUGAAUCCUGGGUAUGAAGUUGCCCCGCGGUCAGACAGUGAGGAGAGCGGCUCUGACUUCGAGGAGGAGGAGGAAGAGGAAGUUGUCUCCAAGCCAGAAGUGGAGGAGAAGAAGACAACCGAUGCCAACGGGGACGAAGUGCACGACCACGCUGCCAAGCACAUCAUCGAGUCGGCCAAGCAGGAUGUGGACGACGAGUACAGUGUUCCUACCGGGGAACCCAGCUCCCAGUCUUAUUACGGCGUGGCUCAUGCUGUCAUCGAGAGGGUGGAGAAACAGUCGUCACUGCUGAUCAAUGGCACACUCAAACAAUACCAGAUCCAGGGCCUGGAGUGGAUGGUGUCCCUGUACAACAACAACCUCAACGGCAUCCUGGCCGAUGAGAUGGGCCUCGGCAAAACCAUCCAAACCAUCGCGCUCAUCACUUACCUGAUGGAGUACAAGCGACUCAACGGACCCUAUCUCAUCAUCGUCCCUCUCUCGACCUUGUCCAACUGGGUGUAUGAACUUGACAAAUGGUCACCCUCUGUGGUCAAAAUUGCCUACAAGGGCACCCCUGCCUUGCGCCGUGGGCUCGUGCCUCAGCUCCGCAGUGGGAAAUUUAAUGUCUUGCUCACCACCUAUGAAUACAUCAUCAAGGACAAGCACAUACUGGCCAAGAUUCGUUGGAAGUACAUGAUCGUGGACGAGGGCCACCGUAUGAAGAACCACCACUGUAAACUGACCCAGGUGUUGAACACCCACUACGUGGCGCCUCGCCGCCUCCUCCUGACCGGAACGCCGCUGCAGAACAAGCUGCCUGAGCUGUGGGCUCUGCUCAACUUCCUGCUGCCCACCAUCUUCAAGAGCUGCAGCACCUUCGAGCAGUGGUUCAACGCCCCGUUCGCCAUGACAGGAGAGAGGGUGGAUCUAAACGAGGAGGAGACCAUUCUGAUCAUUCGCCGUCUGCACAAGGUGCUCCGCCCCUUCCUGCUGCGCAGACUGAAGAAAGAGGUGGAGUCCCAGCUGCCAGAGAAGGUGGAAUAUGUCAUCAAGUGUGACAUGUCUGCCAUCCAGAAGGUUCUGUACCGCCACAUGCAGAAAGGCAUCCUGCUCACUGACGGCUCAGAAAAAGACAAGAAGGGCAAAGGAGGGGCGAAGACCCUGAUGAACACCAUCAUGCAGCUGAAGAAGAUCUGCAACCACCCGUACAUGUUCCAGCACAUUGAGGAGUCCUUUGCGGAGCACUUGGGCUAUCCAAACGGCAUCAUAAAUGGGCAUGAUCUAUAUCGGGCCUCUGGGAAAUUUGAGCUGCUGGAUCGCAUCCUGCCCAAACUACAGGCCACCAACCACAGAGUUCUUCUCUUCUGCCAGAUGACGUCUCUCAUGACCAUCAUGGAGGACUACUUUGCUUACCGCAACUUCCUCUAUCUGCGCCUGGACGGAACCACCAAGUCCGAGGACCGGGCAGCACUGCUGAAGAAAUUCAAUGAGAAAGGAUCUCAGUACUUCAUCUUCCUGCUCAGCACCAGAGCUGGUGGCCUGGGCCUCAAUCUGCAGGCUGCUGACACAGUCGUCAUCUUUGACAGUGACUGGAACCCCCACCAGGACCUUCAGGCUCAGGACCGCGCCCACCGUAUCGGCCAGCAGAAUGAGGUGCGCGUGCUCCGCCUUUGCACCGUCAACAGCGUGGAGGAGAAAAUCUUGGCAGCUGCUAAGUAUAAACUCAACGUGGACCAGAAGGUCAUCCAGGCAGGGAUGUUCGACCAGAAGUCCUCCAGCCACGAGCGCCGGGCUUUCCUCCAGGCCAUUCUGGAGCACGAGGAGCAGAAUGAGGAAGAAGACGAGGUGCCUGAUGACGAAACCCUUAACCAGAUGAUUGCCCGCAAUGAAGAUGAAUUUGAGCUCUUUAUGCGCAUGGACAUGGACCGACGGCGUGAGGAUGCCAGGAACCCAAAGCGUAAGCCGCGCCUGAUGGAGGAGGACGAGCUUCCUUCCUGGAUCAUCAAAGACGAUGCUGAGGUGGAGCGGCUCACAUACGAAGAGGAGGAGGAGAAGAUGUUUGGCCGUGGCUCACGCUGCCGACGGGACGUCGACUACAGUGACACGCUGACCGAGAAGCAGUGGCUGCGGGCCAUCGAGGACGGCAACCUGGAGGAGAUGGAGGAGGAGAUCCGUCUGAAAAAGCGCAAACGCAAGAGGCGUCAGGACAAGGACUCGUCAAGCAGAGAUGACGGGGGCGCCAAGGCCAAGAAGAGACGUGGGCGCCCGCCUGCCGAGAAACUCUCCCCGAACCCGCCCAAGCUCACCAAGCAAAUGAACACCAUUGUGGACACAGUGGUGAAUUAUAGAGACGGGUCGGGGAGACAGCUCAGUGAGGUCUUUGUCCAGCUGCCGUCCAGGAAGGAGCUCCCAGAAUAUUAUGAGCUGAUCAGAAAACCUGUGGACUUCAAGAAGAUCAAGGAUCGUGUUAGAAACCACAAGUACAGGAGUGUGGGAGACCUGGAGAAGGAUGUGAUGCUGCUCUGUCACAACGCCCAGACCUUUAACCUGGAAGGAUCCCAGAUAUACGAAGACUCCAUUGUGCUUCAGUCUGUAUUCAAGAGCGCCCGGCAGAAAAUUGCCAAGGAAGAGGAGAGUGACGAUGACAGCGAAGAUGAAGACGACGACGACGAGUCAGAGGCGGAGGCCAAGUCGGUGCGGGUGAAGAUCAAGCUGAGCAAAGAGGAGCGCAGCCACGACAAAGGCAAGAAGAGGCAGAGUCGCGGGAAGGCCAAGCCGGUGGUCAGCGACGACGACAGCGACGAGGAGCAGGACGACAAUGAUCAAUCAGAGAAGAGCAAGAGCGACGACGAGUGAGCGAGAAGAUGAGACGAUGUGAGAUGUUUCAUGUGGCACUUAUCGAAAAAAGAAAAGGACAAUAUCUUUUUAUUCUCUCUUCAGGUUCAUGUUCUUUGAUUUUUCUCCUUUACUCUGUCUGUAGUGCAUAUUUCAUGGUCUUCUCCUGCCAGCUUGGAAACGGAUCAGCGAUGAGAAGUCAAGUCCAGCAAUACCAAUCUGCGUGUAUUCCAGUUUGGGGGGAAUCUAUUUUAUAAGUCUGUUUUUUAACUCUGUGCUUAAAAACAAACGAGAAAAAAAAAAAAAAAAAACGAUUUACAAUUGUAUGGAAACGAUUUGGUCAUCGUAUACCAGGUGUUUGUAAUCGCUUGCACUUUUACAAAAUGAGAUUUAAAAAAAAAAAAAAAAAAGAAGCUAAUUUUGAAAAGAAACAUGAACUCUAGCCUGUAGGAGCCUUCCAGUUUAAUUUGAAGUGCAACUGUUUGUUCAGAAAUUUUAAUGUAUUUUUUAUUUUGGAUCGAUUGCAAUUUUUACGAAGCACAUCCCGCUCAGCUUCACCACAGACAACGCCAUAUGUUGGGAAAAUGUAAAAAUAAUUAGAAAAUACAGCUGUGGGAAUAAAGACAAAUGCAGUAUGAAUGUAUACAUAUAUAUAUAAAUAUAUAAAUAUAAAUAUAAAUAUCUUAUAAGAAAUUAGACAAAAUCUGAGUCAAUGCCUGAUGACUUAUAAAUCAACAUGGCCCUAACUGCUAAAAGCUUUUUUUUUUUUUUUUUUAUUACUUUUUUAAAGAAUGUUGCAUUAUAGAGGCGGCACAUCAUUCAAUAAUAAUGUCAGUGUGUUUUAUAUAUCUUACCUGCUUUUCAAGUCGUGUAUCAGAACGGCACUUGCUAUUUGUAAAAAUGAAUGAAUUUUUUUUUUUUGUGAUACCUCCUGGUACGCAGAGGAUUUAUCAGUUAAAUUGAUUUGAAAAAACAAAACAAAACAAAACAAAAAAGAAAAAGGUUUCUGAGUCUCGUGUGCCAGCAGAGUUCGACUUUAUCCGACAGAUUCAAGGAAAAACAAACAGCUUGUUUUAUCGAGCAGCACCAGCAUCUGACCGAGCAGCAAAUGUAGCUCCUGGAAGCGUCGCCGCCAAACAGCCCGAUCACUAACAACAGCCACGGGCAACGAGAAAAAACACAGUAUUAUGCUUUUUUAAAAAUAAAAAAAAAAAAAAAUCUGACAAUGAAUUUGACAGUGUAUUGACUUAUGCUGAUGGAUUGAAGUGUUUUUAUUCGUUCUUUUAGCUUUUGUGCUCCCAUAUUAUCGGUUUCUAUGUUGUUUGUAGCAUGAACUCGUUUGGCAGUAUACUCUCUACGUUCACUCGGCAAAUAAACGCUUUUUAUAUGUGUGAUCUGUGCUAGCCAGCUCUCCAUAAGUGUGACUUAAUCUUUGCUUUCUUUGCACAGUGUCUUUGUGGUUGUAUCUCAUAGCCCAGGGCAAAUAAAAUCUCACUGAUUUAUA